CACGGCAUUGCCGGCCGCUACUACAAGCCAGGACGACACGACAUCACCAGCCGCUCCUGCAAGCCAGGCCGACACGGCAUCACCGACCGCUACUGCAAGCCAGGGCGACACGGCAUCACCGGCCGCUACUGCAAGCUAAGGCGACACGCCUCACUGGCCACUACUGCAAACCAGGGCGAUACAACAUCACCGGCCACUACUGCAAGCCAGGGCGAAACGGCAUCACCGGCCGCUACUGCAAGCCAGGGAGACACGGCACCACCGGCCGCUACUGCAGGCCAGGAUGACACGGUACAACCGGCCACUACUGCAAGCCAGGGUGACACGAUAUCAUCGACCGCUACUGCAAGCCAGGGUGACACGGCAUCACCGGCUGCUAGUCGAGGCCAGGGCGACACGGUAUCACCGGCCGAUACUGCAGGCCAGGGCGACAAUGCUUCACCGGCCGCUAAUGCAGGCCAGGUUAACACGGCAUCACCGGCCGCUUCUGCAAGCCAGGUUGACACGUCAUCACCGGCCGCUACUGCAAGCCAGGGCGACAUGGCAUCACCGGCCGCUACUGCAAGCCAGGGCGACACGGCAUCACCGGCUACUACUGCAAGCCAGGGAAACACGGCAUCAUCGGCCGCUACUGCAGGCCAGGGCGACACGCCAUCACCGGCCGCUACUGCACGCCAGGGCGACACGGCAUCACCGGCCGCUUCUGCAAGCCAGGGUGACACGGAAUCACCGGCUGCUACUGCAAGCCAAGGCGACACGGCAUCAACGGCUGCUACUGCAAGCCAGGGCGACACGGCAUCACCGGCCACUGCUGAAAGCCAGGGUGACACGGCAUCACCGGCUGCUACUGCAUGCCAGGGUGACACGGCAUCGUCGGCCACUACAGCAAGUCAGGGUGACACAGCAUCACCGGCCACUACUGCAGGCUAGGGCGACACGGCUUCACCGGCCGCUAGUGCAAGCCAGGGCGACAUGCCAUCACCGGCUGCUAUUGCAAGCCAGGGCGACACGGCACCACCGGCCGCUACUGCAAGCCAGGAUGACACGGCAUCACCGGCCACUACU